AUGCCGUAUGAGUUGUACAAGAAGCUUGGCAAGUCGGAUACCGAGCUGGUAAAGACCAACAUGACAUUGAGUGGUGUGCGUGGUAAGAAACCUAUUGAGGCCAAAGGAGUUACUUCCAUGGAGCUUACCAUUGGGAGUAAGAUGAUCGCCACUGCAUUCUUCGUCGCCGAGGUGGAAGGAGAUAAAGGUCAGAAGCGAGAAGAUGCAAUGAAGUCCAAGCAGCAGGAGGUCCCUGCACCGACGUCGGAUAGUCUGGCUAAUGGUCAAGCCGAGUCUAGUAAUAAGAUGGUUAUCAAUCUUAUUAAGAAGAAAAUCGGCGAUUACCCUCGGCGUUGGCAUGAGGUUUUGUCUGAAGCUCUUUGGGCCCAUAGGAUAUCUAAACAUCGUGCUACUAAGGUUUCUCCUUUCAAGCUUGUAUAUGGUCAGGAUGCUAUGCUACCUGUAGAGGUAAAUUUAGAUGCUUACAGGUUUGUAAGGCAAAAUGAUUUGGAUGUCGGUGAAUAUUUGAUGAUGGACAAUAUUGAUGAGGUGACCGACAAACGAUUGAUGGCUUUGAAGGAGAUUGAGAAGGACAAACUCAUGGUUGCAAAAGCAUAUAACAAGAAGGUAAAGGUCAAGAACUUCCAGGUCGGAGAGCUCGUGUGGAAGACGGUGCUGCCAUUGAAGACAAAAGAUUGA